CAACGUGUGAAAAGCUUUAAUUUGAAAGUCUUGCGUAAAGAUUCAUGUUUUUAGUAAUCUUAUUCCUACAGGGAUUUUACAGCCUACGUGCAGGCAGACAUGAGCAAACCCUGUUAAAGGAAAAAAAGGAAGUCUCCUGGAUCCAUUCAAAGCCUGAGCGGACUCCCGCUGGAGCUGGAGAAUGGGGAUGAUGCUCCAGAGAAGCUUGUGCCUGGCCCUUCUCAUGUCCUUCCUGGUGGAGGCUCAGUAUGAGAAGUACAGCUUCAAAAGUUUCCCCCAGAAGGACAUCAUGCUGCUGGAGUCCGCGUACAACUACGCGCUGGAGCAGUACGCAGCGCAAAACUGGGCGGAUAGCAUCAAGUACCUGGAGCUCAGCCUGCGGCUCCACCGGCUGUUGCGGGACAGCGAGGCGUUCUGCGGCCGCAACUGCAGCUCCGGGAGCCGGGACAGCGAUUCCCCGCUCCUGGACAGCAGCCUCCGCGUUGUGCGCCACAUCCUGCUAAGGGCUGCCUGCCUGAAAAAGUGCAAAGCAGAGUUUCCAGUUUUUAAGUCCUCAUAUCCGCGGAGGGAUUUACUGGAAACCUUUGAGAAAAGGAUACCGUAUCGGUACAUUCAGUAUGCUUAUUAUCAGCUUAACAACUUGGAGAAGGCUGUGUCGGCAGCUCACACUUUCUUGAAGAAAAACCCAGAUGAACCCUAUUUGACCAAAAACAUGAACUACUACAAGACCCUGUUUGAUGUGGAGGAGUAUCUCAUCGACCACGAGGAGCAGCCAUAUGAAAACGUUUUUCUAAAGAGUGUGACGCUCUACAACAGUGGAGACUUCAGCAGCAGUGCCAGAAACAUGGAGCAAGCCAUAACGCAGUACUUUGAGGUGUAUGACCUCUGCUCAGCAGGCUGCGAAAGCUCGUAUGAAAUCUUGGAGUUUAAAGACUUCUACCCAACUCUUGCAGAUAUCUUCCUUGAUGUGCUGAAAUGUAAAGUGAAAUGUGAGGAGCAGCUGACACCCAGUGUUGGAGGGUUCUUUGUGGAGAAGUUUGUUGCUACCAUGUAUCACUACCUCCAGUUUUCAUACUAUAAAUUGAAUGACGUGAAGAAUGCUGCUCCGUGUGCAGCCAGUUACAUGCUCUUUGACCCCGGUGACAAGGUGAUGCAGCAGAAUGUGGCCUAUUAUCGUUUCUACCGGGAGCAGUGGGGGCUCAAGGAGGAGGACUUUCAGCCUCGGCCUGAAGCCUUGAGGUAUUACAACCAGACAAUCAAACAGAAAGAAAUGCUCGAGUUUGCACUGAACUACCUCCACACAGAUGAUGAGGAAGUAGUGAGCCCAGAAGAAACCGCCACUUCUCACUCUGAACAUCCUGAUGCUGAAUUUGAAGGAAUGGGUGACUACGAGGAGUCCUUCUUGGCUGAAUGGUGGCAGGAACCCAAAUCUAAGUGGGACACCGGCGUAGAUGUCGAAUGACAUCCAUCUUCAUCCCCCUACAGAGGAGCUAACUGUUCCAACUCUAUUCCACCUCCCAUGGCUACAUACCAAAGACCUUUCAACUGACAGACAUCUACAUUCUCAACAGUGUUAAGAAACAGCAGAACUGAUUUGAUCUUGUUGUUUUCCAUCCAGUCAGGUUGAUCAAAAUUGGAAACUGACAUAUUUGGUCUUUGCUGCCAUAAGCUUUAUUUAAACGGCUAUUUUAUUAUCAUUCAUCAGCCUGUGUGCUGCUUAUUGUCCAUGACUCUUCUGCAGUUUUUCUUUCCUUUUUUAUUUAAAGAAAGCUGAAUGUCUUUGUGCCGUUUUAUAAGUAAGGUGACAUAUAACAUUUCUUGUACUGAAUGGUUUGGUUUUCAUGAGAUGUUGCUCAUAAUUAAAAUAAUAUUUUAACACGUG